AUGGGAAAAAUCAAUACAAUAAAGACAUUUCAGGAUUCCACCGUUGGUUUAUUCAAAACUAAUUAUUUAAAUAAUUUAUCAGGAAGUGCUAAUAAUUAUAUAGUAGCAACUCAAUUCCAACCUAAUUUUGCAGAUCUUGUAUUUCCAAUAAUUGAAGACCUAAAUCAUAAAUUCAAAAUCAACUUAGAUAUAAUUACAGAUAAGAAAUUUAAAGUGCUUACAAAUGGUGAUCUAACUCAUGAAGAAGAAAUAGAAUCAGAGCUAAAACUUUUCAGAUUUACAUUUCCCAAAUUAAUCCAUUCUUCAAUUUUAAGUUUUGUUAUUGGUGAUUUAAAAUACAUUUCAAGUCAGAAGAUGAUCAAUAAUACAAUGGAUUCAAUUAGAGUAUACACUAUGAUUGACGAAACUGCUAACGCACGCCUAUGUUUAAAAUAUAUUGAAGAUUAUUUACCUAAAUUGGAAGAUGUAUUUGGUUCCUAUCCAUUAAAUCAUUUAUAUUUUACUGGGUUGCCAUUUUUGAAUGAUGGAGCUUCUGAAAAUUGGGGAUCCAUCAAUGUGAUACAAAAUAAUUUGUUAUUGAAUGAAAAUGAAGCUACUGAAUCUGAGAAAUCACAAUUGAAAGAGCUUGUAAUUCAUGAAUUAGUACAUCAAUGGGUUGGAAAUUGGAUGAAUUUUGAUAAUUGGGAUACUUUAUGGUUUAAUGAAUCAUUUGCUAGUUUUGUAACGAGAAAUAUUAUAUUAGAUACUAAAGUUGAUUUUGAAAAAUUUAUGGAAAAAGAUUGUUUUUAUAAUGAAGAUACCAAAAAGUUUGAUGUUGAUAGUAUUAAUAAAUACAAGGAUGGGUUAAGUAUUGGUCCAAAUUCUGCGGUUGCUGAUAUUUUCCACCCGGACGCUUAUGAAAAGGGAAUGAUAAUAUUACAAAUGAUUAAUUCAAUAUUUGAAAUAGAGAAGGGGAAAAAUGGAUUCAUUAAAGCUUUCAAGAACUUAGUCUUGGAUAACUCUAAAGAUAAAUCAAUUAGUUUUGAUAAAAUAUGGCUGAUUUUAAAUGAUGAAGUCGAUUUUGAUUUAAUUGAUUUUGUUAAUUCAUGGUGUAAUGCAAAUGGAUAUCCAAUAAUAAGUGUUUCAAAAGAUUCAAAUGGUAAAGUUGUAGUUGAACAAGAGUUGUACCUUGAAGAUUCAAAUGCUGAAACUAUAACUGAGGUAGGUAAGACUUUUCAAGUUCCAUUAUUUAUAAAGACUAAAGAAGGCGUUGAGUAUAAAUUGAUGACUGAAAAACAAUUAAAACUUAAUUUAGAUUAUCAAUAUUUGGUCAAUUUGAAUGCUGAUCAUGUUGGCUACUAUAAGACGGUUUAUGAACAUCCAUUAGUUAAUAUAGAUACCAUUUCAUCUAAAGAUCUAA